AUGGGCAGACUUUUUCAGAGUUUGAUCAUAGCGUCUGUUAUAAAUGUGUCUACUCAAUGUACACGGCAUCAUGAAUUUUCUUAUGGUGGACAUCUGUACGGCCCCUCAAAAUGGGGCGCCACCUGGAAGGAAUGCGAUGGUAAAAACCAGUCUCCUAUCGACCUGCGCUGCUCCACCUGCCGUAAGAAACACUUCAGACUUCGAUUCAACAACCAUGGCGAGAAAUGUGACGGGUACCUCAUUAACAACGGACACGCCCCCACGUUUGUUGUCAGGAAGUGUUGUAAAACGAAAUUCAUCACGGGGAUCCCGUUUUACCCUCGGGUUAGGUAUCAGCUGGCUCAGUGGCAUUUCCACUUUGGUUCAAAACGAGACUGGGGAACAGAACAUGCCAUUAAUGGGAAAAGAUUCUCAGCCGAGCUUCACAUGGUUCAUUUCAACACCAAAUAUGGAACUGUGACAAAUGCCAUAGAUAAAAAAGACGGUAUAGCAGUCGUUGCUAUUUUAUUUAAGGAGUGUUGCCGAGCCCGACUCUCACCAAUUGAUUUAUUUUUCCGGAAAUAUGGCUCCCAUGUGUAUUGUCCAGGACAUGCAGUCAAGGCUGUGUUUAAUCCUGUGUCAUGUAUUCCAAGGAAAGGUCGUAUGUUCUUCUACAAAGGAUCGUUAACAACGCCCGGAUGUUACGAGAGUGUUAAUUGGCUGGUUUUCAAGAAGCGCCUGACUAUAUCAACAAGAACAAUGGCGUUUUUCCGGAAAUUGAAAACAUAUCAUCAUGGUGCCCCAAUAGCAGAACUGACCAAUCUCCGACCACUACAAACUCUAGGGAAAAGACAUGUGUAUUGUAAUAUCUGA